GUAAUGAAGGUGAAAAAGGAUUGUCGUGGAGGAAAGAACAGGGCGGUUUUUACCCUCAUAUGAUGUCGUCCAGGUGAAGUAUCAUUAAACCAACCCCUUUUAUCAUGACCCAAAUAUCACCCAGCAACGUACAAAAAAAACAAACAGACUAACAAUCAACGCAUCAAUAAAUCCCCUUCCGGAAAAGAGAGAGAGAGAACCCAAUAUAUCCCCCAAAAGGAGUAAGAUAAAUAGAUAAUUAAAAAGACUAACUCGAGGCGUUGACAUCCAUCGGGCAGGUGAGAUGAUCCUCGGAGCGUCAGUUGUCGUGCGAACUUGGUGGCGAGCGGACGUGUUGCUCUCUGCUGCGCCUCGGAGUAUAUGGCAGAGCUGCUGUUGCAUACGAACACGUCUCUUAAUCCCGAUAAAGUGCCUGAUCAUGUUAUCCAUAAACCAGUGUGCAGUGCUUUAGCUAGUGGUGUGCUUGGAUAAAAAAAUAUAAUAAUAAUAAUCCCAUAUAUCCUAUUUAUAAGGAUCUUAACACCCCCUCCCCCCCAAAAAAAAAAAAAAAAAUAAGGAAGCGAAACACCUCUAUCCAUGGAUAUGACAUGGAAGUGACGUUAUCCAAGAGACGAUUUUUCCUCGCUGUGUCCUCGCCUGGCCGACCUCCCCGUGGAUAAGGAGGCUUCACACACAAGAGAUGGGCGUGGGCGUUCUAGAGGCGGUGCAGGAGGAGGACGUCUGCACCCUGGAGGAGGCGCGGAGGUCCCUGCAGGAGCUGAGAGACAGGAACCGGGCGCAGGCACAGCUCCUCGUCUCGUGGAAGAGGCGCCUCAAGCAGCAGAAUGUGAUGAUGCUGCACCUGCAACGCGAGCGAGAUGACCACCUCCGCCAGAUCCAGUCUCAGCUGCUGCUCUUCGAGUCGCAGCUCCGCCGCCGCCAGAAGGAGGUGGAGGCGCUGAUGAAGCAGAAGGACACGACCAUCCGGCAGCAGCAGCACGUGAUCGUGUCGCUCUCGCGGGCGCUCAACAACAGCAUCCGGGCGCGGCAGGCGUCCGAGUCCUCCCAGAAGCCUUCGAAGGAGGACGCUGCCAAGGAGGACGUCGGCAAGGACGAGGCGGCCGAGGAUGGCCACAGGAAGGGCGAGAAGCCGUCCAGCCUGCUCUUCACGUCCACCAAGAGCGACCCCGAGAGCCUCAACGACAGUGACAGCGCCAUCAUGCUCGAGGACAACUUCGACUCCCUGGUCCUCAUCCCGAUGGGCAAGGGCGAGGUCAAGGUGGUGAGGAGCGUGUCGGACGCCGUAGAGGUGGCCAACCGGCCCUCCUGCUGCGCCACCCCCGGCCAGGACAUCCUCGCCCCGCCGGCGCCGGGGGCCGCCACCAGCUCGCUCCUGAAGCCCGGCUACAGCGGCGGGGCGGGCCCGGGCUCCCUCUCGACGUCGCCCUCCUGCUCCAGCGAGGAGAGCGACGACAGCCCCUCCUGCACGCUCACCAAGGGCCGCGCGGAGCUCCUGCGGACGGUGUACAGCCUGGACGAGGAGGAGGUCUGCCACGCCCACACGGAGCGCGACUCUCUACUGGGCGACGCCUCCAGCGCCACGCCCUCCAUCGCGCCCUCCCUCCACUCCAUCCUCAAGUCGUCCUCUCACUACGACUCCGACGCGACCCUGAGCGACGGCGAGAGCGACGACGCGGAUGACGACGACGAGGAGAUUCGACCGCUCGACGACUCAUGCAGCGACAGACGGCAGCUGCUGGGGUCGUACGAGAAGCUCAACACCAUCGCGGUGACGUCGCCCGCGAAGCCCCGGCCCGACGAGGAGAUUCAGGUGACGUACAACCGCGUCAUGAGCAACCACAGAUCCGUUACCAAGCCCAAAGACGUCAAGUACAGACGCAUCAACAAGGCCAAGUCGCGCUCCUUGGAGGAGCUGCGAGGGAAGCUAAAGUACUGGACGGACCGGGGCGGGAAGCAGUCGCUCUCGGUCGAUCUCGACAGUCAGUCCUUCGCUUAGGCGAGACCAAAGCAGACGCCAUUAUCUCCCAGAGAGAUAGAUGAUGUCUCCUUCUCCUAUCUAUGCGGGCAUGAGCGCUUCGAUCGUGGGCGCCAGUAGUCGCCUGGGCGACGCUACUUACAUAUCGACCUGCUGAAGGACUUGCGUCAUGUUGGUAACGCCUCCAUCUCGAGGACGCGUCGGCCGCUGAGCUUCCAUCAAGUAUCCAUUCACCCAGUCCCUCCAGAUCCAUUCCAGAUCCAUUCCAGAUCCAUUCCCGGCGGAGGUCCUCCCCCACAACGGCGCUCGUUGUGCGGUGUCGAGGCCCGUCCUCAAAACGCUCGGAUUCCUACUCGCCUCCAGUGUUACCAAACGUGGUGUUAGCCUAUGGUAUGUACAUACGUGACGAAGAAAUGUGUACAUAGAGUGAUACAAGGAAAACUGCGGCGCCAGAGAAGACACGAAUUCCUCGGCCCGCGUUGUGAGGUUGCAUCUCCCAGUUACGCGGUUCAGUGUAUGCGAAUCACGAUACGAAAAUCUCGAAUCAAUAUCACCAAUACCUUCGAGUGUGUUUCAUCUUUCUUUUUAAAAAAUGUAUUAAAUCAAACAAUUUAAAGAAAACCAGAAGAAACCCACGGAGGUGAAGAAUCGCCACAUCCUCACCACAUCAACUCUACAAUUGCUCUGUAUAAAGUCUGACAACAAAUGAAAGAAAAAUGGGAGUGAAAAUCCACUCCGACUUUUUCCCUCCGCUAGUCUGACGGUUUGCGAAGCCCAGCGCUCAGCUCGUCUCGCAGACUCGAUUCCACGAUACUCUUCUCAGUAUAGAAAUGUAUAUUUAUCUCUUUCUUCCUAUGGAGUGAUGUUACUUUUUUGUUUUUUCUUUCUUUUUUUAUAUCUGCGUGUGUGUAUUUUCAUCCAUUAGGAAACGUGUCGAGUGGGUGGCCUCGAUUUCUUCCUCAGUAGUCAUUUCGAAAUUAGUCUCGAAACCAGCUAUGUAUUUGGCAGUGUUUAGUGUGGCAUUUUUGAUCAGUUUUGAUCUGGCGAUUAUCUUCGUUUUACUAUUUAUGGAAAUAACAUAAUCUAAUGUCUCAUAUCCAAAAUGCACUUUCAGUACAUUUUUUAAAAAAGUCAUUUAUUUUUAGCUAUAUAAAUAUCUCUGGACAUCAUGCCACACCCAAAAUAAAAAUGAAAAUGUCAGAACCAACUCCUAUCCAAGUAUAUAACAC